GGGAGAGAACGGAGCGCGUUCGGUGUGAGACUUGGGGAGCCAGCGGGACGCCCCAGGUCGCCCAGUACGACGCGGCUGCACGCACCGUCCACAAGGAACCCUCCAUUCAGAAGAAAUGCUGUGGUGCUUCCUUUUACCCCAUACAAAAUGGAACAUAAGAAACUACAAAGCUGAACAAACUACAAUCUUCUUAUAAAUGAGAGGCACUGAAGUCUGGGCAGUUUCCAGCUGAGGGAAAAUAACCAACAGCUUCUCCACAGUGUAGAUCAAAGCAGGGAAAACAUGAAUAUCACUAACUGUACCACAGAAGCCAGUGUGGCUGUGAGACCCAAGACCGUCACUGAGAAGAUGCUCAUUUCCAUGACUCUGGUGACCAUCACCACCCUGACCAUGUUGUUGAAUUUGGCCGUGAUCAUGGCCAUCUGUACCACCAAGAAGCUCCACCAGCCUGCCAACUACCUGAUCUGUUCUCUGGCCGUGACGGACCUCCUGGUGGCAGUGCUCGUCAUGCCCCUGAGCAUCAUGUACAUUGCCAUGGAAAGCUGGAAACUAGGGUACUUCAUCUGUGAGGUGUGGCUGAGUGUGGACAUGACCUGCUGCACCUGCUCCAUCCUCCAUCUCUGUGUGAUUGCCCUGGACAGGUACUGGGCCAUCACCAAUGCUAUUGAAUAUGCCAGGAAGAGGACGGCCAAGAGGGCUGGGCUGAUGAUCCUCACCGUCUGGACCAUCUCCAUCUUCAUCUCCAUGCCCCCUCUGUUCUGGAGGAGCCACCGCCAGCUGAGCCCACGCCCUAGUCAGUGCACAAUCCAGCAUGACCAUGUCAUCUACACCAUUUACUCCACACUGGGGGCAUUUUAUAUCCCCUUGACUUUGAUACUUAUUCUGUAUUACCGUAUUUAUCAUGCAGCCAAGAGCCUUUACCAGAAAAGAGGAUCAAGCCGGCACUUAAGCAACAGAAGCACAGAUAGCCAAAAUUCUUUUGCGAGUUGUAAACUUACACAGACUUUCUGUGUGUCUGAUUUCUCCACCUCAGACCCUACCACAGAGUUUGAGAAGAUCCACACCUCUAUCAGGAUCCCUUCCUUCGACAAUGAUCUAGAUCACCCUGGAGAACGGCAGCAAAUCUCUAGCACCAGGGAGCGCAAGGCAGCACGAAUCCUAGGACUGAUUUUGGGUGCAUUCAUUUUGUCAUGGCUGCCAUUUUUCAUCAAAGAGUUGAUUGUAGGUCUGAGCAUCUAUACAGUGUCCUCUGAAGUGGCUGAUUUUUUGACGUGGCUCGGUUAUGUUAAUUCUCUGAUCAACCCUCUGCUCUACACAAGUUUUAAUGAAGACUUUAAGCUGGCUUUUAAAAAGCUCAUUAAGUGCCGAGAACAUACUUAGAUUGCAAAAAGCCAAAAAGCGUCACUUUUACCAGCCUUGUGAGUGGACAAGGGUAAGGGGUGCAACUUAUCAAUUUGUGAACAUAGUUGGUUCAGGAAAUUUUGUGAGGUAGUGUGGUCUUUUUGUUUGUUUUGUUCUGUUUUGUUUGAGGUUUGUUAUUUGGUGUGCCGUUUUCUACCUCUGGUUUUAUUGUGGUACAUGAUUUCAAAUAAACAUUAUCAUAUAAAGACAGAAAUUUCAUAGAAAUAAUAAUAAGGUGAAAUAGUAACUACUUUUUUUAGCCAUUUCAGUUAAUCCUGCAAUUAAAGAAUGCCAAAAUAAA